AUGGGGAGCCCUGAGGAUGACCUGAUUGGAAUUCCAUUCCCAGACCACAGCAGUGAGCUUCUGAGUUGCCUCAAUGAGCAGCGCCAGCUGGGCCAUCUAUGUGACCUUACCAUCAGGACGCAGGGUCUUGAGUACCGCACCCACAGGGCUGUGCUAGCUGCCUGCAGCCACUACUUCAAGAAGCUCUUCACCGAGGGUGGGGGGGGUGCUGUUAUGGGAACAGGGGGUGGCGGGACAGCUGCUGGAGGAGCAGGGGCCGGUGUGUGUGAGCUGGACUUUGUAGGGCCAGAGGCCCUGGGUGCCCUGCUCGAAUUUGCCUACACAGCCACACUGACCACCAGCAGCGCCAACAUGCCGGCUGUACUCCAAGCUGCCCGGCUAUUGGAAAUCCCCUGUGUUAUUGCUGCCUGCAUGGAGAUUCUACAAGGCAGUGGGCUAGAAGCCCCUAGCCCAGAUGAGGAUGACUGUGAGCGAGCCCGACAAUACCUGGAGGCUUUUGCUACUGCCACCACCUCAGCCUCAACCUCAGGAGUGCCCAAUGGUGAAGAUAGCCCUCCACAGGUGCCCCUCCUCCUACCACCACCACCACCACCUCGACCCGUCGCCCGCCGCAGCCGCAAGCCCCGAAAAGCUUUUCUUCAAACCAAGGGGGCCCGGGCAAACCAUCUGGUCCCUGAGGCACCCACGGUACUCUCCCAUCCUCUGACCUUCGAAGAAGAAGGGAUGGUUGCUAGAGUGGGCAACAGUGGAGGCAGUGGGCUUGGGGACAACUACAGUCCUCCCACAAGCGCUGCCUCACCUCCUGAGGGGCCCCUGAACUAUGAGGUCUGUGAGGGUGAGGAAGAAGAGGAGGAGCUGGCAUAUCCCCCAGCUUAUGGGUUAGCACAGAGCAACGAGCCCUCACUGUCACCAGAGGAGCUGGGUUCAGAUGAAGACACCAUCGAUCCCGACCUGAUGGCCUACCUAAGUUCCCUGCACCAGGACGCCCUGGCACCAGGCCUGGAUGGCCAAGACAAGCUGGUGCGUAAACGCCGUUCACAGAUGCCCCAAGAGUGCCCAGUCUGUCACAAGAUAAUCCAUGGGGCAGGCAAACUGCCACGCCACAUGAGGACCCAUACCGGUGAGAAGCCCUUUGCCUGUGAGGUUUGCGGCGUCCGCUUCACCAGGAAUGACAAGCUGAAGAUCCAUAUGCGGAAACACACAGGAGAGCGCCCCUAUUCGUGCCCACACUGCCCAGCCCGCUUCCUGCAUAGCUAUGACCUCAAGAACCACAUGCACCUGCACACUGGGGACCGGCCCUAUGAGUGCCACCUGUGCCACAAGGCUUUCGCCAAGGAGGACCACCUGCAGCGCCAUCUCAAAGGCCAGAACUGCCUGGAGGUGCGCACCCGAAGGCGCCGCAAGGAUGAUGCACCACCUCACUACCCCCCACCCCCGACCUCCGCCCCGUCCCCUGCUGGCCUUGACCUCUCCAAUGGCCACCUGGACACCUUCCGCCUCACUCUGGCCCGAUUCUGGGAGCAGUCAGCUCCCACAGGACCCCCAGUCACUACUCAAGGGCCCCCUGAGGAGGAGGAGGAGGAGGGGACACCUGCCACACCACAGGCUGAAGGUGCCAUGGAGUCCUCUUAAAAGAGGGAUGAAUGGCCAGGCUGGAGCAGCACAAGUCCCGGGAUGCCAUGCCAAGCAAUGGGGAGCACAUAAGACAAGAGCACACAGA